AAGACGUUGCAGCUGCGCUGGUUCAUAGAACAUUCACACGAUUGGAGGAUCCUCGAAGGCGUAAGGCAGGGUCAUAGCCAGUGCUAUGCGCAUGAACGCGCGGGGAAUCUCGCAAUCUUUGACCACCCUGUAGAUGUGCUUCUUCGCGUUUCAUCUGUCAAACCCGCUGCUCCAAAGCUACACAUAGAAGUUUACCAGACAGACGAGCUCCAUAGGCUUGAGCUUGCGGGCUAUGGCUUCUGUCACCUCCCUCUACUUGUUGGAACUCACGUCGUUGAGAUUCUAUGCUGGCGACCUUACGGCAGCUGGUACCAGCGAAUUACAGCAGCGCUUAUUGGUGGACAUCCACAAUUCCUAAAAAACAAGUUGGUGACGUCCAGCGCAAACAGAUUUGACUUGAGAUCAGAGACGACUGGCACCGUCCAUGUUACUUUAUCAGUCUUG